CGUCCAAAAGUCCGUCCCUCCUCUCGGUCCGUCGGUUUCUCGCUCGCGCGCUCCGAGUUUCACCGACUUCGCCCGUCACUUCGACGUCCGGGGGGUAACGUCCGUCCGGCUCCUCGCUGCUGCGGCCAGCUUCAUUUUUUCCUCCCACCAGCCUUAGGGAUUUAAUUCCUCCUACCUCCUGAAGCCGGGACGCGGAGCACUUUUGGAGCAGCAUCGGUGCACCUGUACAGUCAUGAAUACCUCCUUUGGGCUCCUCACCACAAUACUGUGGUUCCUGUCAGGUACGAGUCACUCGUGGGCUGCUAAGAUCAUUGUUGUCCCUCCAAUAAUGUUCGAAAGCCACCUUUACAUCUUUAAGACGCUGGCUUCGGGGCUGCACGCUGAAGGUCACGAGACAGUGCUGCUGGUGUCGGAGGGCCGAGACGUGGCACCUUCGGAACACUACCGUCUUCAACGCUACCCUGGUAUAUUUAACAGCUCAUCAGCAGCAGAUGACUUCCUACAGUCCAAGGUUCAUAACAUCUUUUCAGGCCGCCCAACGCCGCUGGAGCUCUUCGACAUCCUGGAGCACUAUGCGCAGAACUGUGACAGCGUGGUAGGCAGCAGUUCAGUGAUGGCGCAGCUACAGCAGGAGCGCUUUGACCUGCUGCUUGUCGACCCUAACGAAAUGUGUGGCUUCGUUUUGGCGCACAUCCUGGGUGUGCCGUAUGCCGUCUUCAGCACAGGGCUUUGGUAUCCGGCGGAAGUGGGCGCGCCGGCACCACUUUCCUACGUUCCUGAGUUCAACUCCCUGCUAACGGAUCACAUGACGCUGGUGCAGCGUGUGGCCAACACGGUUGUGUACCUGGCUUCACGGAUAGGAGUGCAACUGCUUGUGCUGCCCAAAUAUGACCGCAUCAUGUGGCGGCAUGCUAUACAGCCACCAGCCUCCAUGCAUGAGCUGGUGCAGGGCAGUCGUCUUUGGAUGCUGUGUACCGACUUGGCUCUAGAGUUCCCUCGGCCUACAUUGCCACACGUUGUCUAUGUUGGCGGAAUCCUCACCAAGCCGCCGAACCCUCUGCCACAGGAGUUUGCAGCCUGGGUGAAUGACACGGACGAACACGGGUUUGUGGUGGUGUCGUUCGGCGCAGGGGUGAAGUACCUCUCAGAUGACAUCAGUUACAAGCUGGCCGGAGCGCUAAGACGUCUACCUCAAAAAGUCAUCUGGAGGUUUUCUGGAGUUCCCCCGAGGAACCUGGGCAAUAACACGAAACUAGUGGAGUGGAUGCCACAGAAUGACCUGCUGGGACACAAAAACACCAGGGCGUUCCUCAGCCACGGCGGCCUAAACAGCAUCUACGAAGCCAUGUACCACGGCGUGCCCGUCGUCGGAGUGCCCCUGUUCGGCGAUCACUACGACACCAUGACGCGAGUGCAAGCCAAAGGCAUGGGCAUCAUGCUGGAGUGGAAGAAAAUGAGCGAGGAGGAUCUUUACACGGCUAUGCUCAAUGUUCUCACGGAUAGCAGGUAUCGAGAGAAAGCCCUCAAGUUGUCCGAGAUCCACAAAGAUCAGCCCGGGCAUCCAGUGACACGUGCCAUAUACUGGAUCAGUUACAUCCUGAGGCACCGCGGUGCCGAGCACCUGCGCUCGGCCGUCUACAGCGUCCCCGUCUACCAGUACUUCCUGCUGGACGUCACCGCCGUCCUCGGAGUGGUCUUGUUUGCCGUCUGCUACUGCGUGUACUGGAUAGUCCGGAAAGUCCGCUCAUGUUUACGGGGACGCGAGGCCUCGGAGGAAAAGGCCAACGGACACUGUCACAACGGCAUCGCAAACGGCAAGCACAAACGCAACGGCCACGUCAAGAGCCUCGACAAGAAGCUCAAAUAACAAACCUAGGCAAAAAAUAUAUACAUCGUUUAAUAGACGCUGAAGCUAUACUAAAGAUGAAAAAACUAACAACAUGCCAUGUGCGACAGGAAAUAAACACACAAGACAUGAACAAACCAACAUAUACACGAAGCAAGAUGAAGGCAGGAACUGACAGCCAAGUGGAGCUUGUUGAUCAGAGUCUCUACUCCAGUGAAUGUUAAUACGUGAUUCGGAAUAUCGACUCCAUCCUUCGUAGGAGAACAAUGACACUAUUAAUGUUAUGAAGCAUCUCUUAGUAGCUAGUCUCCCUUGCGAUGAUGUCUCAAGUUUCAGGUGUCUGUACAGAAUAAUUAUUUAUUAUUUUUCAACUCAUUUUUGGAAAUAUUCCCAUCUUUAUUGCCUAGCUCUACCGAAGGUGCUCGCAUCCCCUGAAUAUGAUCGUUAUCGGCUUGUUAUCGUAAACAUCGCAAACGUAGCUAAAUAGUUAAGAGUAACGUCAAGCCUUAAAGAAAAAAAAUAUAUCCACCCUGGAUAAUCAAUGAUUAGGAACUGAACUAAUCUUCUGUGAUUCUUACUUUUUUGGAUUAAAUGAAACGUUUUGAAUUUUAUCCCUCAUCACGGCAGGUUACUUUUGCUUCCCUUAACAGGUUCCGCAUUAUUUUCCCAUAAUGCGACACAUUGCAACUAUUUCAAUCUAAUAUCACACAUAAAGCUCGACUGUUUGUCGGGGUUGGAAAAUUGUUUCUUAACGUUAAUAACGCAGUGCGAUUUCGAGAAACUGCUGCUGCUAACAAGUAACAUUCGUUUGCCACAGAGCAAGUCCACUUGCCAUUGUUUUUUCAUUAGGAUCUUUAUUGAAGUUCACUUCUUUAAAGUGUAGGUGUCUGCUUCAGAGCUAUAGAUAUAUAUACAUAUAUGUUUUUUCAAAUUAUAGGCAAUUGUCGUAGUUUAGAAUGUUCCCAAUACUGCUUUUAAAACAAAUAAUUUCUUGUCCUCACACUCCCCUUUGAUUCCGCCGUCAGGCACUUGUGUGUACGUGUAUAUAUGUAUGUAUGUAUGUGUGUGUGCAUGUAUGAAUGAAGGAAACAGGUUUGAGGCGCUCAUGUAUGUCCUGUUGCUUCUCACAGAGCGAGUGUGUCCUACGAGGCUCUAUAUUGUAAAUCUUCGGUACUGUAGUUGACAUCGCACCAUUCCUUUUUGGAACCAGCCUUUUUUUUCUCCAUGAAUUUUUUUGAGCUGUGACCCUUUUAAGGUUGGUCCCUUUAGCGCUGCUGCUUGAGUUCCGAUAACAUUUCAUGCACAUCUGAAGGAUCCGUACUACCUAAACGAUUAUAUGAGAUCGUCGCUCGUGCAACAGAACACAAUUGGUGAAAGAUUUUUUUUUUCUGUCUACAAAGUUCCCAUGUCAAUUGGUUGUUUCUAUUUCCUUGCACUAAAUCCUGUAAGACCUUCAUGAAAAAAAGAAAAAAAAAAAAACCAUACUGAUCUCGAUCCAGCGAUUGUGUCGGAUACCAUACAAACAAACUAUCUAAAUACAUUAAUUCACUGGAAGUUCAGCUAUUUUCUCUGUGAGCUUUAGGCAUUUUUUCCAGCCAGACGUUGUUUAUAAUUACGUCCAUACUUGAAUAUUGUUCUGUACAUGGCUGCAAAAUGGCUGGAACAUAAUUGCACAUAAGCUAUGACUAGAGAAAUAGCUGCACCCUGAUGUCUUUAAAUUUAAUUCAAUUUAAUUUCUGCUUACUUUUUUUUAUUUUUUUUGGUCAUAAUUACAGUAUUAACAGACACCUAAUAGCCGGAUGAAAUAACUGUAGUUGCUUUAUGUAGUGGAGUGUACAUGAGCAACUAUACAAAGUGUGUGUGCGUGUGUGCGUGUGUGUGUGUGCGCAUGCGUGCUUGUGUCCAGCGCUGUGUUUAUACUUCUAAUUUAAACAUGCUACAAGGAAAUUUUCUUUUCUCGACCCUUUCUUUCCUUUUACUGUCAGAUUCCAUUGCCUGCUUACAUGUUUUUUUUUUUUUUUUAUUAAGGAAUGAUUUAAAUAUUUUAAAGUGUCUAGCGUGUGUAUGUUGUAAUGUAAAUAUAGUACCUAAACAAAAAUACU